CAGCUGCAUCUCAAUACAUUAAAAUGCCGGGUGUUAUUUUUAUUGUGUGCAUUCCGACAAGUAACUAUGAACAUAUUUUGAAAUAUGGCAAACCAAAAGAAUUAAUAUCCUUAGAAGAGUCCGAUAUGAAAAAAUGUAAAUUGGAAGUGGAACUGCGAAACAAAAAGGCUAAAAGUAUACCUAUACAUUUGACUCAACAUCAUUAUAAUGAUGUUUACUACAACCACAAGUUGGAAAAAAUAAGGGAAGACGAUGAACUGAUUACAAUGGAAAAUAUUUUACAUGAAUUACUAAGAAAACUUGAUGUAGAGCACGUAGUGUGGAUUAGCGAUGAAAUGGGCAAUUAUUUUGAAGUAAUUUUCCCACUUUCUACUGGAGAUAAAUGUGAGACGAUGCUUCACUGCCUUACUCAACUCGGUAUUGGAGUAUGUUGUAAAUCUAUUGUUAGUGUCCUUCCAUGCAACGUUGUACAUUCGGCUAUAGAAAUCGCAAAAGAUGAUGAUAGCAUUCUAAAGAAAAACGACGACGCAAGGCGAUGGCGGCAGUUUGUAGAGUCAAUCAGAUCGAAGUUAACAGUCAAGCAAGUGGUAGACGGUGUAAGGGGUGGUGGUGAAUUGUCGUUUGAUUAUCUCACACUAAUUAUUACAGCUGAUUCUCUUGCAGCACUCGGUCUCGUAGAAAAUAACGCAUCAAAUAUAGUGGCUGCCAUGUUGGUUUCUCCCUUAAUGGGCCCCGUCAUGUCAAUUACCUUUGGAACUAUAAUAGCCGAUAGAAGCCUUGUGAAAAGCGGUUUUGAAAGCCUUAUAAUCGGAAUGCUUGCAUCUCUGCUGUUUGGAUUUAUUUUUGGGCUGAUACUGGGUACAACAGAAAUGCCAUGGGGAUAUGGAGAUUGGCCUACGGAGGAGAUGAAAGCUCGAGGUAAUGUUAGAUCGUUAUGGAUGGGUGUGCUAUGGGCCCUGACAUCAGGCACCGGAGUGGCGCUGGCCCUCCUUCAGGGAAGUGCAGGACCACUCAUCGGCAUUGCUAUUUCUGCGUCUUUGCUACCACCAGUAGUUAACUGUGGAUUAUAUUGGGCUUUGGCCUGUAUAUGGCUUCUAUACCCAGGGACAAAAAUUCCCCAUUUGAAGGGAGAACCUUAUUACGGAAACUCAUCUUACGAACCACUUUAUCAUAAUUAUUUACCAAUUGAAUUCGCCGUAAACGGAAUAGUGAGCUGUUGCUUAACAAUUGUUAACGUAAUAUGUAUAUUUAUUACCGCUAUAAUGUUUCUCAAAAUAAAAGAGGUAGCAGCGCCGUACACAUCUACACCAGAUUUGAGAAGAUUUUGGGAACAAGACAUAAAAGUCGCACGAGAAGCUAAUAAAAGCAAUGCCAAAUCGGAUGAUGAUACAGCUGAGCUCGUGAUGGGCGAAAUGAAUCAAGCUGAAGACGAUGAAAUGAAGGAAAAGCUAGAAGCAGCUGUGCAGGAGGCGCUAGAUGACGAAACUUAUAGGAAAGUAAAACGGAUGAGCUACCAAAGCCAUACUGCGGACGAGGUCAUUCGAACUAUUGGUCUGCAACCGAGAACGCCAACCUCAGUGCGCUCGAGCGUCGUAUCUGGAGGAAUUUCCCCAAAAUUACCACAACCUCAAAGAGGUUCCAAUAUAAACGACAUAGCAACAUUAGAUAAACUUUUAACAUCAUUACUGGGACUUCAAAAGCGGCGGUCAUACAGAUCCCACAUUGGUACUCCUAGAGCGAGUCAUUUACCGACUUUACAAGAAACCGGAUUAAACAGGCGGUCAGAAUCUUGGCCCGACAAAAUCUAUGAAGAUUCCAUUGUACGCAACGUGCUAAAUAAUUUGAAAAGCAAACGUAAUUCUCCCAACGAUGAAGGGUUUUUGACACCAAAUUGAUUCAAUAGUAUAAAAAGCGAAUCAAUUAUCCGCGCCCUUAGCCUUAUUCAUACGCACAAAUAACAGGUUUAAGGAAAAUUUUGUUAUUUUGUGAUGUGCAUAAUAUACUAUUAAUUAACAUUUCAUGAACUUAAUUAAAUACCAAUCUUAAAUUAAGUAAUAAUUAUAUAUACGCACCGAUUUCCUCAUUGAUAAUUUUAUUUUAACGAUCUUACUAUGAAAUUCUGCGAGAAUAUAAUAUUGUAUGUACUAUUGAAAUGAAUUAACAGCAGUAUAAACUACAAUAAGUAUAUAUU